GGCGGGGCGGGGCGAGCGCCGUGGGGGCGCGCGGGGCAGCCUGGUGGUGGCGCCGCCCCGGGGGCGGGUGGAGCGGAGCGGGAGCCUGGCGGCGGGCUGGGCGGCUGCAGCUCUGGCCCGCGGGCUCCGUGCUGCGGUCCAUCCACGGCGGCCGGACUCCGGCCAGUCGCUCCCCGCUAUGCAGCUCGCAGGGCUCCGCGGGGCCGCGCCGCUCGCCGCCGUCGCCCUGCUGGUGCUGGGGGCGCCCCUGGCGCUGGCCAGCCAGGACUGCUUGUGGUACCUGGACCGCAACGGCUCCUGGCAUCCGGGCUUCGACUGCGAGUUCUUGACCUUCUGCUGCGGGACCUGCUACCAGCGCUACUGCUGCCGGGACGUGACCUUGCUCAUCACCGAGAGGCAACAGAAGCACUGCCUGGCCUUCAGUCCCAAGACCAUAGCAGGCAUCGCCUCCGCUGUGAUCCUCUUUGUGGCGGUGGUCACCACCACCAUCUGCUGCUUCCUCUGUUCCUGCUGCUACCUGUACCGCCGGCGCCAGCAGCUGCAGAGCCCCUUCGAAGGCCAGGAGAUUCCCAUGACUGGCAUCCCGGUACAGCCCAUGUACCCAUACCCCCAGGACCCCAAAGCUGGCCCUUCAUCCGCACAGCCUGGCUUCAUGUACCCACCUAGUGGUCCUGCUCCCCAGUAUCCACUCUACCCGGCUGGGCCGCCCAUCUACAACACUACAGCUCCUCCCCCUUACAUGCCACCACAAGCCUCCUACCCUGGAGCCUGAGGAGUCAGCUGGUCUCUGCUGCCUCUUCAGUGAUGCCCACCUGCAUCAGCGUCUGGCCCUGGGGGUGGGCAGGGGCUCUCCUCACCAGGCCCUGGGUCUUCCUGGGGAUGGAGCCUGAGGCACGUGCAACAGGAGCUGAUCUGGGACAUGACAGUGACUGAGGGCUGGACAGGUGGGGUGAGGACCAGUGAACUGUGUCCUUAGGGUCAAGGUGGGGACAGGGCACCUGUUUUCAGGCACCCCUCCUGUGUGCUGCACCCCUGGGCUGGGGAGGACCGGAAGGGGAGAAGAAUUGCCUUUGGAGUCUGCAGGAACUCUCUUCCAAGCCAGGCUCCCAUCUGAUGGAUUAAAACUGUAAAGGUGUGA